AUGGACCGUCUGAAGUUAGUUCUGCAGUAUUUCCAGUCCAACUCCGAGUCCAUAUCAAAUGGAAUCUGUAUUGUACUGGCCCUGAUCAGUGUGAAGCUCUACACCAGCUUUGACUUCAACUGCCCCUGUAUUCCACAAUACAACAAACUCUACGCACUGGGGGUGAUGUUUGUCCCGCCUUUAAUAUUCUUCUUCCUGGGAAUCUUGGUCAAUCGACACACAGGGGUCAUGAUGGACGAAUGGUUGAGACCCAUUGGGAAGAGAAGCAAAAAUCCUGCCAUUGUCAAGUACAUGUUCUCUGCCAUGAUGCAGAGGGCUCUACUGGCGCCCAUGGUGUGGAUUCUGGUCACUCUGCUGGAUGGGAAGAUCUUCAUCUGUGCUUUCAGCAUGAGUGUAGACCCCAAGCCUUUCUCAGGCAUGCCCAACAAUACUGGCCUGGACCUGAUCAAGCUCAUGGCCAAGGUGCCCUGCAAGGAGGAUAUGAUCUUCAGGAACAGCACAUUUCGUAAAGCUGUUUCACGCUACGUGCGCUGCUACUCCCAAGCGAUUGGUUGGUCUAUCCUCCUCUUCUUCAUUCUCUUGGGUGCGCUGGGCCGUCUCAUCAAGCCCUGUUUCGACGACCACGCCACCAACCUCCAGACGCGCUACUGGAGCAACUACCUGGACAUCGAGCAGAAGCUCUUCGAUGAGACCUGCGUGCUUCACUGCCGCGAUUUUGCCCGCAAGUGCGUUGUGCAGUUCUUCGAGGGCAUGCGGGAAGACGCAGUACUCAGACUGCCUCUCUCACCCGAAGUCAGGUAUAGGGGGGAAGAAGACAUGGUGGAUGAAGAGGAGGAGAGACUCCAUGGGAUCACCAAGCAGGAACAGAUGGAUCAACUGCUUCAAACAUGGUUCCAGUGUAAGCCUGAGCUGGAUGUCACUAGGAUGGCCUACAGACCUAGGGUGUGUGUCACCUGGGAGGACCACAAUGGACAAACCCUCUACUCAGAUGUUUAG